AUGGAUUGUGAGCGAUACAAGUUAUUCGUUGGAGGCAUACCAAGAGAGACUAGUGAAGAAUCUCUGAGGCAACAUUUCAGUAGAUAUGGACUUGUGUUGGGAGCUCUUGUUGCUAAGGAGAAAGCCACUGGCCAACCUAGAGGCUUUGGGUUUGUUCGCUUUGCUAAUGCGUUUGAUGUUGAUAAAGCUCUCAGAGAUUCCCAUUUCAUUCUCGGUCGAGCCGUCGAUGUGAAAAAGGCGAUUCCAAAACAUGAACAGCUGAGAUAUCAACAGCCGAACGGGCAACUAUACGCUAGUGAAGUUCAUCAGUACAAUGGUGGUGCUCAUGAAAUGUCAAGUAACGGUAAUAACCGUAGGACAAAAAAGUUGUUUGUUGGGGGUUUAUCGUCUGAUACGACCGAGGAAGAGUUCAAGGCUUACUUUGAGAAAUUUGGACACACAACCGAUGUGGUUGUGAUGCAUGACAGCACGACAAACAGGCCGAGGGGUUUCGGGUUUGUUACAUUUGAUUCAGAGGACUCUGUUGAGGUUGUUAUGCAGAGUAACUUCCAUGAAUUGAGUAAUAAGCGCGUGGAGGUGAAACGCGCUAUACCUAAAGAAGGAAUCCAGAGCAAUAACAGUAAUCAUAACAUUCCUCCUACAUAUAGUAGCUUUCAGGCAACACCGUACGUCCCUGGGAGAAACGGAUAUGGGAUGCUUUUACAUUGUCCUCCCGUCUUUGGUUAUCAUCAUCACGGUGUCCAGGGAUUUCAAUAUCCUUAUGGUUACCCAUUCACAGCUCAAGGGCCUAACAUUCCGUGGAACAAUCCGAUUAUGCCACCGACCGGUUUUUACUGUCCUCCUCCUCCCACCGACACUCCUUGCUAUCUCCCUUACAUGAACGGGUACAAUCUUUCGGGCAUGAGCAUUGCUGGAUACAAUCCUGUAGCAUGGCCUGUAGCUGCUGAUGGAGCUGGUACGAUAAUACCUCGGUUUGAAGGUUUGAAGCUUGAGGUCCCUAGUCAAGGCCAUAAGAUAAUGAGUGGAGGAGGGAGCAUGGGGAAGCCAUUACCCAAUGUUACAUAUAGAUAA